GAGAGAGUAUCUUUCAAACGUUUGAAUCUCUAUUUGACAUUUUCAGAUGGAUUUUCAUUAUCAUUUAUCCAUUUUUGGAUUGAGUUUGUUUCCUCAAAUCUCUCCAAUUCUCGCCUCAUCUUCAUUCUCCAUUUUCCCCUUUUGCAGUUUGUGAAUAAUCCAAUCCAUUCCGUCUCUGAGUUUUCCAUUGACUCCCCUAAUACUUCUUAAUUUCAUUUGCCUUUCUACUCAUUACAGAUUACAUCGACUUCAAGCAAUUAUCCGUUAUUUUUUUGGUUGAUUUUGAGGCGACUCAAUCCAGUGACUUGGUCGAGGCCGAUAAGAAAAAUGGCGUGCGAAGGCGGUGGCAAUGGAGGAGGAGGAGACGAGACUCCCACAUUGUCGCCUAAGAGCAAGUUGAAGUUUCUUUGCAGUUAUGGCGGCAAGAUCCUCCCUAGGCCCACCGAUGGCCAUCUCAAGUAUGUUGGCGGCGAGACGCGCGUCAUCGCUAUGCAGCGUGAUAUCAAAUUUUCAGAUCUAAUGAAGAAAGUGACGGCUUUAUUUGAUGGAGAUAUGGUGCUGAAGUAUCAGUUGUUUCCUGAGGAUCUUGAUGUGUUGGUCUCUGUGAGGUCUGAUGAAGAUUUAAAGCAUAUGCUUGAUGAAUACGAUCGGCUUGAGAGUGAAGGAACUCCUAAACUUCGGUGUUUCUUAUUUCCUUCAAACCCAAUUGUUGUUGAGACUCGACCGUUCUUUGCAGAUCCUCAAGCAAUUGAGCAACGUUAUCUGGAAGCCAUUAAUGGCAUUGUCCUGUGCAGCUCUACUGCAAGCUCAAAAGUCUCCCCUUCUAAUGCUAGCCGGCCUACAUUCAGCCUUUCAUCUGCAUGUUCAUCGCCAAAAUCAUCUUCUCCAGAUGCCCAAACUGCUGAAUCUAUGGCCCAAGAACCAUUCUCUUGGAAUAGCAUCAAGCCUAGCCGCCCUCCUAUGCACAAAGUCCAUAGCUCUCCUAGUCUUUGCAGCUUCAACAACCUUCAACCUCCCCCCAUUGUCAUUCCAGUUAGUAAACACCACAUUCAGCAACGUCAUUACCACUAUCAACAAAACCAUAGCUACCAGCCUUCUAGACAUCCACAAGAGUUGAGCAGAUGUAAUGCCCCCGAAAGAGCUCCCAUGCCUCUUUCACCGUCGCCGCCUAUGGGUCGGGCCGAUUUUGGAAGGAGUCCAAAGGGUCCUAGUGUCAGCCACCAGAUAUCUAGUAGACAGCAGCAGAGAGGAUUUGGAGUCUGGAACAGAUAUGGAUACUCUGAUGAGUUUGCAGCGAAUGGUUGUGGUAGGAUGGAUAGGGCAGAAAGUGGUCAAUGGAGCUCGAGAAAGGCAUUUUGGGAGUAACAAAUACAGUCAGUCAGUUAGUCUGUGUAGAUAAUUGGAAGGAAAAGAAUCAAAGAUGGCGGUAUAGUCUUCUUUUCUUUGUGCUAUAUCUGAAUCAUUAUUGUAUUCUUUUAUUCGUUUUUAUGCUUUAUUUUUUGAACUAAAUUUCCUACGAAGGAAAUACUUGUGUAGAUGUGUAUAGGUUUCAUAAACAAAUUUCAUGUGCUCGUGAUAUUUUUAGUU